GUAGAAAACAAACUUGUGAUUAUUAAUGAUGGUGUGAAAUGUCUUCGAAUGGAGCCUACAAGGCACCUUGACGUGGUCACGGUCCGAGGUUAUUCGGAGAUUAAGAGCGCACUGAGGAAAGCCGACAAGGGACAAUACGACAGUAUCUAUGUGUUUUUUACUGGGGACAAGGACCAGAACGGAGUGAGUUGGUGUCCGGACUGCGUUCGAGCUGAACCAUUUAUACACGGGAGUCUGGACAAAACAAAAGGCCGCAGUAUUUUUUUCUGGUGUUAUGUUGGUGAAAGAGAUAAGUGGAAAAACCCAAAGAAUCAGUUUCGAGUAGAUCCCGUAUUUCAGUUAAAGUGUAUACCAACACUUAUCAAGAUCGGUACACAGAAACGACUGACGGAGGCUCAGUGCUGCAGAGAUGACCUAUUGGAUUUGAUCUUUGACGACGAUUCAGAUGAGUGUCGAGCUUCCGCAAGAACCAACGUAUCGAGCUCUGCCAGCAAACAAUGUUGUAUGUGCAUUCUCUUUUGAAAACAGGCAUUCCAGAAUAAAAAUCAUGGACGAAAUAUGACACAGGAGGAGCCAACCGAUCUUUGUGCAUGCUGACAACUCAAGAUCACACACAGAUCCUCUGAGAAUAGUUUAUGAAUGAAGUGGUAAUACAUAUAUAAGACUAUAUGACAUGGGCGUAGCCAGGGGGGGGUUCUUGGGGUUCAAACCCCCCCCGAAAUGAAAUCCCCCCCCCCCCCGCAGGGGGGGGGACGGAAUUAAGUGAGUGAUUUUUGCUUUCAUUUUGUUUAUUUUAGGUGAGAUUUUAAUACUAAAUCAUCACUUACCACAGCACAGCCGAGGCAGUUUUGAGUUAAAAACCCUCUACCAGGGGGUUUUAAGUUUAAAUCCCCCUACCAGGGUGUUUUGAGAUUUUAAAAACCCCUAUCAGGGGGUUUUGAGAUACAAAUCCCUCUACCAGAGGUUUUUGCAGUUAAAUCCCCCUCUUCUAUAAAACAAAACAAAAAAAAUGCAAACAACAAUCCCCAAAUUCCAACAGCACAGUUGAGGAAGAUUUUGAUUUUAAAACCCCCUCUAAAAUUUACGAUAACCCCAUCUUCAAUAUAAAAAAGCAAAUUACACACUCAAAAUUCUAGAGCGUAGCCAAAGGGGUUUUGAGUUUAACCCCCCUCCCCCUUCCAGUUGGGGUUUGAAGCUAAAAAGCACCUCUUCAAUAUAAAAAAAAGCAAGUUACACACUAUAAAAUCUAUGAGCGUAGCCAAAGGGGUUUUGAGUUUAACCCCCCUCCCCCUUCCAGUUGGGGUUUGAAGCUAAAAAGUACCUCUUCAAUAUAAAAAAAAAGCAAGUUACACACUAUAAAAUCUAUGAGCGUAGCCAAAGGGGUUUUGAGUUUAAAAUUCCCCUACAGAGCGUUUAGAGUUGAAAACCUCUCUCUUCAAUAUUAUUUUAAAGCAAACUACAGUCACCAAAUUCUAUGAUCGUAGCUAAAUGGGGUUUUGAAUUAAAAACAAAACAAAAAAAAAAAACAGAGAUUUUUUAGUUUAAAACCCCUCAACAGAUGAUUUGACGAAAAAAAAUUUCCUUUUCGAUAUAAAAUCUAAAGCGAAAUACAGGCAUGUAAUUCCAAGAGCGUAGUCAAGAAAGGUUACAAAUUUCUACCAGUGGCUGGGCUCCAUUAAUAAAGUGUGAAUAGUCAUCUGCCGAAAUUGAAAAAACAUUAAAUGUGUCUCAACAAAGAUGGCUAAGACAGAUUUUAGGAGUCAGUCAUAGAGAUCGGGUCUAAAUCAAAGAAAUCAUAUGCCGAACUGGGAGUCGAAUCCUUAGUAAUGUUGUGACAGAGCGUCCCAUGAGGUUUUGCGGGACAUGUUUUCCGACAAAAUGAAUUACGCAAAAUAAGAGUUGCGGAAACAGCUUGCCGGAAAAUGCGCCGAACGGCGCGAGAGGGUCUAAGUCAGUAAGAAUAGCACAUUAGGUUUUUGAAAUAAAACUUUUUAAUAGCAAGAUAAUGCACUGUAGAUACCUCAAAAUAUGCAUUUUGUUGGCUUUCAAUACCAGAAAUAGUGCUCGGCGGCGGGGCUUCGCCCCGCGCUGGGGGAGCGCUGCAAACUCCCCCAGACCCCCUUGCUAGCAAGGGCGGUGAGUCUGCAAUAAACAAUAAACGUCUUCCGAAAGGGUCAGAAUGUAAUAAAGAUUAAUUAUGUACACACACACA